UUUGCGUUUUAACGGAUCGUGCUCUUCGGAGCUGUUUUGAGGUCCCAGAUGCACCCUGGGGUGCCUUCUCUUCCCCUGGGAUGUCGUCCCUGUGAGCUGGAGGACGUUGUGGAAAUAAGGCAUCGCCGGAAGCAACAGUUGGGUUAUUGGUUACAACUAUGAUGACCUGGAUGCCCUUUUAAAACCGCUAUUAUUUAACCCAGGCCAGCCCACUUAUUCAUUUAUUUAUUUAUUUUUAAACUGUCAUCCAUGGAAAGGCGCUUCGUAACCGUCUCCGACUCCCGGGACCUCUAACUCUUUGGCGUGGCUCUUCGGAAAGUUCCUGAGCGGGAUGGAGCAAUCGCCCCCUAAGCGGCGGGGAAGGGAGGCGGACGUGUCCCCUUCAUGCUGACGAGAAGGAGCUGCUAUGACUUUUCCGGCGACGCGGACCGGGGCCGAGCGCAGCUGAGCCGGUCAUGGUCUGCCGUCCGGGCUUCCUCUGUCGCCGGCGACGUGGCCCGCGGCCCUUCGUGGUGGGCUUGGCGGUGGCCCUCUGCCUCUUCUACCAGAGCCUGACGCUCCGGGGGACCAGGAGGCCCGCAGCCCUCGCGCCCGGGGCUGCCCCCGGCUCACCCCCCGACCCCAAGGCCAGCGGAUGCCAGAGGAGAUGGUCCGGGGACCAAGGGUGCUUCUUCCUCUCUGGCGAUGCCCGGGAAAUCAGAACGAUGGGAGAAUCCUUGGAGACCCACUUUGGCAGCGACGGCAGAAGGGCCAUACUCUACCGGCCUCCCUCCUCCAGCUCAGCGGAGGUCCGGCUCCACCAGCACACCCUUGCUCACCUUGGUUACUCUGUGGUCGUCACCAAAGAGAGGCCCGGACUUGACCUUGGGCUGGAGCUGCUAGGAAAAGGUGACUUGGGCUCUUGGGACCUGCUCAUUUGCCUGUCUUCUAGGAAAGCUGGUGGAAAUCCCUGCAUAUCCAAGGAAGAUGUGUGCCACUUAAGUUUACAUCAAAAGGUAAACAUAUUUCCAGAAAUACAGCAUCAGCUUUGCAGAAAAGAAGGCUUAUGUCAAAUAAUUCAAAGAUUUCCAGAACUGCAACUUCCGGUGAGCCCCUCUGUGUGUUUGGACCAGAGCACACAAUUCAAGCUGAGUUCUUGGAGUCACCUUUUAAAAACCGUGAAGCCACAUGUGUGGAAACCAUGGGCCUGGAGACAUGAACAGCUGGAUCAAACAACAGUCCUUGCUCCACAUGAGACCAUCUUUAGAGCCGAAGAUCUGUCUGUGAUUCUUAAAGCAUACGUGUUGGUGACAUCCUUAACCCCUUUGCGUGCAUUCAUUCAUUCAACUGGCAUGGUUUGGAAUCCACCUAAGAGAAAACGCUUCACUGUCAAGCUGCAGACCUUCUUUGAGACAUUCCUGAGGGCCAGUUCGCCUCUCCAGGCUUUGGACAACAUGAAGGAAGCCAUCAGCAAACUCCUGCUGGCUGCCGAAGCUUUCAGCGAAACGUCUCCUCUGGGACCGAAGGCCUUCCACAGAUGCAGUUUAUGUUUUCAACUUUUAACCUUUGACAUCAGUUAUGGCAGUUUCACUUCCCCUGUGGUGCUCCAGGUGCAUGGCCAUUUACAUUUUCAAGAUGACAAUUAUAUGGAUUUUGAGGACCAAAACGCAGAAGAAUUUAUUUUAAAAGACACUUUCAAUUUCCUCUUCUCGAAUGAAUCUUCACUUUCCAUAUUCUCUGAGAUAUUUCAGAGACUCUACAGAUCAGCUGUAUCCAAGCUCUUUCCAUCAACUUCUCCCAGUAUUCAGUCUUGGAUGCGUGAGUUUUAUGUCAUUGCAAAUCCUAUCGGAAAAGCUCGUUCCGUCCUGACCCAACACUCCUCUCUUUUAAAUGUUUUCGAGCAAUUUCAGCUCCUGGAUAAAAAGGCACAAUCACAUCCAUUGGAAUGGCAUUCCUUCACAAAGGAUGAGAACAUUGAAAAACCACAAAUGCCACUUGGUGCAACUGAACAUAAAAAAGUUGUGGUUCAACAAAUUAUGAAUGCAACCAUAGAAGUGCACUGCAGCAAUGAUGAAGACAUACAAUGUCAUAUCAAGCAGAUCUUCACACAGCCACAUUUGGAACUAAGUCCUGAAUUUAACCCGAAGAUCAAAGAUUAUUACUCUGAAGUCCCUUUUGAUGUGGUGACUGUGACGAUUGGAGUGGAGACGUCUAACUGUCAGUGCAAGGUGUACCUGCAUGAACGGGCAGGGCCCAGCUUUGCCAAUUACCCUCUGGGCUUAGGGACAAACAGAAUCUCAAUGCUUGUGGUGGACGAGUCUCCAGCCCAGGGGGAGACCCUGAUCACGUACAAACUCACCAUCCAACGAGAAGACCGUCCAAGUCUGCCCUUGUUUGAGGACUUCACGGCAUGUGGUUUUGUACAGGAUUGUGGUUUGCUGAUUCAUCCGGAGGAAGCCUGUGGGUUACAGCCUAUUCCUUCUGACUACAUUGAAGCCCUUUCACAGCCCGAACUAAAAACGUGUCCAUCUGGGGACACAAAAGGCCAAUGGAUCAUGCCUUGCCUUAGUUGUUCAGACAACAGGACCUGUGAUUGGAGAGAAAUAACGUGGCAGCCCCACAACUGCCAGUAUGGUGUCCUCACUAAGCCUCAGCUGCAGCAGUGCCUGGGAGCGAGGAAGAUUCUUUUCAUUGGUGAUUCAACCAACAGAGGGAUGAUGUACUAUCUGAUUGAAAGACUGAAUGAAACUUUGCAGGAAUGGCAGAAGGUGCAUGGCACUAAGUUCUACCACAAUGUCAAUGGUGGGAAGACUUUGAUCAGUUAUUCCUACUAUCCUCAGUUCUGGAUAAGCCCUUCAUUGAGACCAACGUUUGAAAAGGCCCUUGAGCGUCUUUUGCAAAGAUCACGUCCUCUGGAGAAUUCGGGCCAGACUGUAUUGGUGGUUGGUGGUGUUCAGUGGCUUAAUUCCAAUCAUCUGCAAAUUAUUCACAAGGUUCUGAAGAGGGAAAAUUUACUCAAUAUCCUUGUGAUCAUCAAAACGUUGGGAAUCGGAUUUCAUCUGCCAGUGGAUGGAGUGCAUUUCUUAACACAAAGGGAACUUCAGAACUUAUGGAAAGAAAACGUGAUUAUUCUGGACACUGCAAAGAAGUAUGGCUACGAAGUGGUUGACACCUUCACGAUAACCAUGGGCCGCUACAAAGAGUUUCUGCAGGGAGCCUGUGGGUGCCAUUUUCAUGAGGUAGUGAAGUCCAAGUUAUCCAAAGAAAAUCACUUGAUUAAAAUAAAACAAUCAAGAAAUCACACUGUGGGGAGCUAUUUCAGCAACCAGAGCAAACUUCAGCAGCAACGGGACUCGCCGGUCAAUGUUCAGUCGCCGUAUCACGUCCGAGGCCCGAUCAACCAGGUUUGCUCCGAAAUCCUUCUCAGCAGGAUGUGUGCGCCCACAGGAGCUGCCUGAUGGGGACUGAAUGUGGAACUGAAGACAAACCACUCCCCUGGAUGAUUGUCUAAGACCGAAACCUGUGCCUCCUGUGCUUUUCAGACUGACGACCCACCUUGAUGCACACCAGCACACAGUCACACACCAAUGCACAUGUAGCUUUAAAAAAAAAAAAAGUAAUGACACGUGUUCCUACCACUUUAUAAAGUCAAGAUGUGCACUCAAAAAUCGGCUGGUUUUCCAUGGGAAAGACAGAGCCAGGAAAAGGUUACUCAACGUAUAAUAUGGACAAGAACCACUGUGGGCUAGGGAUUGCAUUGUGAUAAUAAAAAGAAACACAGCCACUUGAAUUAUGGGAGAAAGGCUAAUGCGUUGAGGGUCGUGUUGUAUUCUCUGUUGGCCCGUGAAUACUGAGAAGGGUAAAAAAGCAAUUACAUUCCACUUGCAAGUAGGGACUGCGCUUGUGUCCUUCACCGGGAAAAAACGUGGCUUCAGCUUUGUGAAUCUAAUGCUUGCGAAAAACAUUUUUCCUAUGCUUUUUAAACAUUAUAAUGGAAAGGAAAACAAUAAGAAUGUUCCACAAGGGAAUUCAAAUAGAUUCUAUGAGAUGAGAAGUGUAAUAUUGGACCGUUAAAACACCAGGAUGUUUAACUUUGCAGUCCUUGUCGUUUUCAUAAACAUUCCCUCCUACCUGCCCCUGAACUUGGAUGGGCAACUGCAGACUGAGUUGAGUAAACAUGUAAUUUUUAAUUGCAAAACAACAUAUAGUUCCCCAUGUAUGACUUUGUUUCAUUAACAGUAUUACUUAAGAAAGCUUUGGUUUGCCAACAGAGCCCUAUAUAAUGUAAGGUUACAAUUACAUUUUAUGUAAAUAUUUUGCCAGGGAUUAGACAUUCUCAAGUACAUAGGCAUUUAUUUCCAUAAAGCACAUGUACAUGUCCACAAAUACUCCUACGUUACUAGUAACUAUAUUUUUAUUUUCCUGAACAACUGUUUCUAAUCCAAAUUUAGAGUAGUCAUAUAUUAUUUUUUAUUAAAACUGUGGCAUACAUAUAAAACACACCUAAGUCUAGUAUUUAGAACUUUUUCUUCUAUAUUUUCAUUUCAAAAUAGUAAAUUCCUUUAUUUUGCAAAUGCUUGGUUGUGAGAUAAUAUCUCACCCUAACAAUGGUUUUUAAAGGAUUAAUUUCCUUUUGGGGGGAAAAGAACUGAGAGGGCUAAUUCAACACAUGGCUGAAUUACCAAGUGUACAAAUACCUCAAUUGUGUUACCUUACUAAACAUAAAACUAUUUUGAUCAGUGAGUUCCUUAGUAUGAAUAUCCACCUCCUUUAAAUACUCUAUUUUUAUAUAUAUUUUUGUAUGAAAGAAAGUAAACAUGAAUUUAUAUUUAACUGCCUUAAAUUAUAUUUAAGCACAAAUAUCACUUGAUAUAAACAAUACAUAUCUGCAUCUGACAGAUGAUAGAUUUUUUAAAAGAAUGGUACAGGAUUCACUUUUAAAGUGAACAUGGUUUUUUUUCCUAUUCUCUGCAGCUAUACCAUUUUUAGGUUUUUCCUUCAUUUUUUAAUGAAAUAAGAUGUUGCCAAUUUAUACAGCUUCUCAAGUUUUAAUGUAUUGCAUUCUCUGUAACAGGAUAAUAGCCAGUGGCUGAUUCUUGCAAUUUACCAUCAACAUAAUUACAAUAACUGUCUACCUGACAUUUGUCUGGCAUUUAGCUCUUCACCAUUGAAAUGAUCAUGGAUGUUAGACACAAUUGUAAUAACGUUAUUAAUAAAUGUCUUAGUA